GAGCAGCCAGGAGUCGGCCAGAGUCCUCAGCUGAGGUAUGUGGUUCUGAUGGGUGGGGAGCAUCCACCCCUACCCCACAGUUCUCAGGGGACACCAGAAGAGGUGCAGGGACCCUCGCGUGGCCCCAGGACUCCAGGUCUGGGUUCAGCCUGCUUCCUAUGGCCCUUCUCACCCUCCCCCAGAUGUCCAGCAAGGAGGCCAUUGGCUGCGACAUUGGGCAGGCCCGCCAGGCAGUGGAGCAGCUGAGGAUGGAGGCUGGCAUCGAUCGCAUAAAGGUGUCCAAGGCAGCCGCUGACCUGCUGCAGUUCUGCAUGGAGCAGGCCAAGAGCGACCCGUUCCUGGUGGGCAUCCCAGCUGCCACCAACCCCUUCAAGGAGAAGAAGCCUUGCGCCAUCCUAUGAUACUGGCCCAGGCCCCUCAAUAAACAUGAAGUAAAUGCUCCUCAGGGCUGGGUGAGCGGCAAUGGGGGGCAGUGGGGAGCUGCAGGCUUGCAGCGGCACCUGGCCCAGGCCUCUCCCCGGCCCACUCCGGGGUCACUGCCACAGGGGCACACCCCCUGGACUCUGGACGGAAGAGCACACACCCAUGGGCUAG